AACAUCAGCAGCAGCACCAUCAUCAACAACAUCAUCAUCGGGAGCAUUAUCAGCAACAUCAACAACAUAAGCAACAUCAACAACAUCAUCAGCACCAUCAUCAUCAGCAUCAUCAUCGUCGUGUUUCCACCAUGGAGUCUGUGGGCGACUUCGAGUUCAGCAAGAGAGACCUCGUGGGACACGGAGCCUUCGCUGUUGUCUUCCGUGGUCGACACAAGCAGGACCACACAAAGGAGGUGGCCAUCAAGUGCAUCAGCAAGAAGAAUCUCGCCAAGUCCCAGACCCUCCUUGGCAAGGAGAUCCGGAUUCUGAAGGAGCUGCAGCACGAAAACAUCGUGGCCCUUUAUGACUGUCAGGAAAUUUCUGGGUCCGUGUAUCUGGUCAUGGAGUACUGCAACGGAGGGGACCUGGCGGACUACCUGCAAGUGAAGGGCACUCUGAGCGAGGACACCAUCCGCUUCUUCCUGCAACAAAUAGCGUCAGCGAUGCGUGUGCUUCACGGCAAGGGCAUCAUCCACCGUGACCUCAAGCCGCAGAACAUCCUCGUGCAGAACAUCGCUCCCUCCUCCUCCUCCUCGUCCUCCUCCUCUUCCUCCUCCUCGUCCACCUCCUCGUCGUCCGCUGGCGUCGUCCACCGCGGCGCCGCCUCGUCGCCGCCCGUCGCCACCUCGGCGGCUUCGGCCUCGUCGGCAGACGCGGCCGGCUCAGCCAGUUGCAGGAGUGGUACGGCGAUGAAGAGGAUUAAGAUCGCGGACUUUGGAUUUGCCCGCUACCUGCAGAGCAACACAAUGGCAGCAACGCUGUGUGGAUCUCCCAUGUACAUGGCCCCAGAAGUGAUCAUGUCCCAGCACUACGAUGCCAAGGCCGACCUAUGGAGUGUCGGCACCAUCGUGUUCCAGUGCCUCACGGGCAGGGCACCUUUCCAGGCGAACAGUCCGCAGGAGCUGCGUCUCUUCUACGAGAAGAACAAAAACCUCCUGCCCAAUAUCCCCAGUGAGACGUCUCCGCAUCUCAGUGACUUGCUGCUGCGGCUGCUCAAGCGUAACCAGCGAGACCGCAUGGAAUUCGAUGAAUUCUUCACGCACGCCUUCCUGGAUAGCAACUUGAGCACCGUGAAAAAAUCUGUGCCCAUCAGCGUCCCCACUGUAGCUGGCUGCAUCUCUGGGAGUAGCUACAGCAGCAACGCCUCCACCUCUUCCUCCUCCUGCUCUCAACUCACCUCACCACGAUCCGUCUCUGAGCUGCAGCGAUCGGUGGGCAGUGGCGGCUCCCCCCCCACCGGUGGGGGGAGGGCCGUGGGCGGGGGGGAGCCCCUCCCCCUCCACCACCCCUCCGGGCCCCCACCCUUGCUGGGCAGCAGCGGUGGCGGUGGG